GCACUCGGAUUUGUAGGGACUGCGGCCGCCGCUUCCGCUACAGCCUCAAAGAGCAGGCGCGGUCCGGGUCAGCACGCGGUCUCUCUAGGCACAGCGGAGGCCUACGCUCUCGGUGGCCCCGGGGCGCAGGGCAUCAAGUCCUGCAAGAAGAGCUGGAGGCGGACGGCCAUCCGAUCCUCCCGCGUCCCGGUCCGGGACUUGGGGUGGGGGUUGGGGGUGGGGACCUAGGGGCGGGGUCCCCUGAGAUUGACGACUGCGCAGACGGGGCGGGACGGCCCCUUUGUCUUAGGGAGCCGAAGCUGCCGCCACAGGGCGAGAGGUUGCGGCAGAUGGUGAGUGGCGCUCUGUCGGCUGCGCGGGACCCUCUCCUUCAUCCGCACCCAAAGCUCCGCGCCCUCGCGUAUGCCAGCCCUUCCCCCCGAUGGAUGGCUGCGGCCGGGCUGCUGACCCAGGCUGCACCCUCCGGUCCCUCGAACCCUCCAGGCCCCUCCCCGGGACCCUUCGCGGUGGCUCCCGCUAGCCCGGUCCGGAGUUCAGACGGUUCUGAUGUGCAUACGGUUUCCUACUGAAUGAAAGCAUAGAAGCAAGCCUCAGUUCUCUGGAGGUCACAGAAGUUGCAAUAGCCAAGAGCCAACAGCUUCUAGGUCAGCCCUAAGAGCCUGGAGCCCUGUCAGAGGCCAGAACGUGGCUUCUCUGUAUUCUCGUCACUAGACCCCGCCCAGGCGUAGUCGGCUGUGUGCUGACUACCUGUCACUCUGACAGGCCUCCAGGAGCCAGAGCUGCUCAUUAGUGAAGGUCCAUCUCUCAAGCACCUGAGGAUGGAAAUGUCACCCAAGUGAAUGACGAGGUGAGUGACGAAGGCCUCACUGAGGGAGAGGAGUGCCCAUGGACUGCCUGCCAUAGACCAUCACCAAGCACUGACAUUGGAUUUCGCAGUGUGGAGAGCAAAGGAAUUCCUGUCAAGGAUUGCUCCAGGGUCCAGUGGAGGUGACAUCCUGUGAACACAUCUCCUAGAAAGCAGAAGGGGUGAAGACCACAUGGGGUGAAUCUGCUUCCAUGGAAAAGGGUGACUGAGGAACCAAAAAGGCUGACCUAGCAGCUGCAGAGGACUGGGCCCCACAGGAUCGCCUGAUUUCUGUUGUCCUCGCAGUCUUGAGAUACCAAGAUGGCAGCAGCCGGGCUUCUACCGCUGCCAGCAGCACCACAGGCCAAAGUGACCUUUGAGGAUGUGGCUGUUCUGCUGUCUCAGGAGGAGUGGGCCCGCCUGGGCCCUGCUCAGCGGGGCCUCUACCGACACGUCAUGAUGGAGACCUACGGGAAUGUAGUCUCACUGGGACUUCCAGGAUCUAAGCCUGUUGUGAUCUCCCAGCUGGAGCGAGGAGAAGACCCGUGGGUCCUGGAUGGACAGGGAACCGAGCUGAGCCAGAGCCUGGGAAGUGACCACUCAGAAUGCAAAGCCAAGGAAGAGAACCAAAACACAGACUUGAAUGUGCCACCAUUAAUCUCAGACGAAGCAUCAGCGACGCUGACGGAAACACCGCUGAGGAAGGUUGCUGAAGAACGUUACAAAACAGAACCGAAGGUCUGCCCCAGUCCAAAGCCCAUUGGCCCCCAGAAUGCCCACGGGUUGAACCCUAGUGUACCCGUUGCCCGACCCCAGACGGCUCCCAGUGUUGAGAGACCCUAUAUCUGCAUUGAGUGUGGAAAGUGCUUUGGUCGGAGCUCCCAUCUCCUUCAGCAUCAGCGAAUACACACUGGCGAGAAGCCCUACGUAUGCCAUGUAUGCGGAAAGGCUUUCAGCCAGAGUUCCGUCCUGAGCAAGCACAGGCGGAUCCACACGGGCGAGAAGCCCUACGAGUGUAACGAAUGUGGGAAAGCCUUUCGCGUGAGUUCCGACCUUGCCCAGCACCACAAGAUCCACACCGGAGAGAAGCCUCACGAGUGUCUGGAAUGUGGGAAGGCGUUCACCCAGCUCUCCCACCUCAUCCAACAUCAGCGGAUCCACACGGGGGAGCGGCCCUACGUGUGUCCCUUGUGUGGGAAAGCCUUCAACCACAGCACCGUCCUGCGGAGCCACCAGAGGGUGCACACUGGGGAGAAGCCUCACGGGUGCAGCGAGUGUGGGAAGACCUUCAGCGUGAAGAGGACGCUGCUGCAGCACCAGCGGGUGCACACCGGGGAGAAGCCCUACACGUGCAGCGAGUGCGGGAAGGCCUUCAGCGACCGCUCCGUGCUCAUCCAACAUCACAACGUACACACUGGGGAGAAGCCGUACGAGUGCAGCGAGUGCGGCAAGACCUUUAGCCACCGCUCCACCCUGAUGAAUCACGAGAGGAUUCACACGCAGGAGAAGCCCUACGCGUGCUACGAGUGCGGGAAGGCCUUUGUCCAGCACUCGCAUCUCAUCCAGCAUCAGAGAGUCCACACGGGAGAGAAACCCUACGUGUGUGGCGAGUGUGGCCAUGCUUUCAGCGCACGCCGGUCCCUGAUCCAGCAUGAGCGAAUCCACACAGGCGAGAAACCCUUUCAGUGCACAGAGUGUGGCAAAGCCUUCAGCCUGAAAGCAACUCUGAUCGUGCACCUGAGGACCCACACGGGCGAGAAACCCUAUGAGUGCAAUAGCUGCGGCAAGGCGUUCAGCCAGUACUCGGUGCUCAUCCAACACCAGAGGAUCCACACCGGAGAGAAACCCUAUGAGUGUGGCGAGUGCGGACGGGCCUUCAACCAGCACGGCCACCUGAUCCAACAUCAGAAAGUACACAAGAAGCUGUGACCCAUGGCUGUCAGAAGCCCGCACUUAGAACAUGCACAAGACCUAAACAGCCUUCCUCCAGGAGGGAGUUCUGUUCCAUGUGCAGAAUCGUCGUUCCCUUGGGGACUCUGUUACAGUCCCAUGUCCCUCCUGGGGAGAAACAUUCAGCAUGUGUUAAAUUUAUUUUCCUCAACAUCUUGGAAGUUAAACUGGAGAGUAAUCCUACAACUGUAGAUACUGGUAAAGACAGCCAUAAUUCUACCUUUGUCUAUUUGACAUGAAUUAGUUUAUUGAAGCAACUGAAAAGCUAUAAAGCUUAGGGACUAUUCACAUUUCAAAUGAAGUUCCUUUUACACAGCUUCAUGACGUUCCUAAAUGUAUCUGAUCAUUCUAAUAUUGUGCUUAAAUUUAGAAUGUUGGACCAUUUUCGGUAUCCUUUUAAAACACUUAAGUGCUAUGUUGAUAAAGUAAUAUUAAAAAAAAAAAAAGAUCUUGGGCCAGA